CAAGCACCGGCGCAAUGGCAGAAUGAGGAGUAAAUGGCUCAGAGUGUCCGCGGCGGAAAGCGACCUAAACACCGGACUGGGAGCCCGCAAACAAACAUAAAAAACAAAGCUGGAAGGCGUCAAAUCCCCGGUGCCACGUAUAUUCCCAACACUUUAAACCCUUUAUAUUUCUCUCCUUCUUCUUCUGGCUGUUUGUUCUUCUGUGAGAGUGCGUAAGAACAGCGAGGAUAUCUUAAUUGGACAUGUGAGUUAUACGGGAGUUAACAAGACAAGAAGGCUUUUUUUCUUCUUCCUAUUUUGGAUCAAAGAUGAAGUUUCAGGCGUGCGUUUUAGUCACUUUGUUGCUGAUCCACUGGAGUGCAGCGCAGUCAGUCUGCCCUGGUACGGAGAACAAGCUGAGCACCCUGUCCGACCUGGACCAACAGUACCGCACCCUGAGGAAGGUCUACGAGAACUGUGAGGUGGUCAUGGGCAAUUUGGAGAUCACGAGCAUUGAUCGAAAUCGCAAUCUCUCCUUCCUAAAGUCCAUAAGAGAAGUGACCGGCUAUGUGCUGGUGGCGUUGAAUCAGUUCGAGUACUUGCCUCUGGAGAACCUGCGGAUUAUCCGAGGCACCAAGCUGUACGAGGGCCGCUACGCUCUGGCCAUCUUCCUCAACUACAGGCGGGACGGCUUCUACGGCCUGAGGCAGCUGGGCUUACGUAACCUCACGGAGAUACUGAGUGGGGGUGUAUAUGUUGACCAGAACAAGUUCCUGUGCCACGCUGACACCAUCCACUGGCGCGAUAUAAUCAAGAACCCCCAGGCGGAACUGCUGGUGGUUCCGUCCAACAACAGCAACAACGGAUGUAGACGAUGCCAUCGCUCCUGUAAUGGACGCUGCUGGGGCCCUCAGGAAAGCCAGUGUCAAACAUUGACAAAAACAGUGUGUGCAGAGCAGUGUGACGGUCGAUGCUUCGGGCCUUACGUCAGCGACUGCUGCCAUCGAGAAUGUGCCGGCGGCUGCUCCGGCCCCAAGGACACUGACUGCUUUGCUUGCACAAAUUUCAACAACAGCGGGGCGUGCGUCACCCAGUGCCCUCAGCCAUUUGUGUACAAUCCCACCUCCUUCCAGCUGGAGCCCAACCCUAAAGCCAAGUACACCUAUGGAGCCUUCUGUGUCAAAAAAUGUCCCCAUAACUUUGUGGUGGACCACAGCUCCUGUGUCAGAGCGUGUCCCAGCAACAAGAUGGAGGUGGAGGAGAAUCGCAUCAAAAUGUGCAUGCCGUGCACUGACAUCUGCCCAAAGGUGUGUGAUGGCAUUGGAACGGGCAGCUUGCAGACGGCUCAAACCGUGGAUGCCAGCAAUAUAGAUAAGUUUGUGAACUGCACCAAAAUCAACGGCAACCUCAUCUUUCUCAUCACCGGCAUUAAAGGGGACAUGUAUCAUGGGAUUGGACCUUUGGACCCGGAGCGUCUUAAUGUUUUCCGCACAGUCAGAGAGAUCACAGGCUAUCUGAACAUCCAGUCUUGGCCUGAAAACAUGACGGAUCUGACCGUUUUCUCCAACUUGGCAACCAUCGGAGGCAGAUCUCUUUAUAGCGGGAGUGGUAUUUCUCUGCUGAUCCUGAAGCAGCGCUGGAUCUCCUCUCUCCACUUCCAGUCUCUCAAUGAGAUCAGUGCCGGCAAUGUCUACAUCUUGAACAACACCCGCCUUUGCUUCUAUAACACCGUCAACUGGACGUCACUUUUCAGGGCCUCGAGCCAAAAAGUCCUCAUCCGCAACAACCGAGACCCAAAAGAAUGCACUCAGCAGCGGAUGGUGUGCGAUCGCAUGUGUUCAGAUGACGGCUGUUGGGGUCCGGGGUCCGACCAGUGCCUCUCCUGCCGAUUCUUCAAACGGGGUCGCACCUGCGUCAAGUCCUGCAACCUCUUUGAUGGGGAAGCACGUGAAUUUGCCAAUGGAUCCGUGUGUCUGGAGUGCGACAGCCAAUGUGAGAAGAUGGACGGAAACAGUCUAACAUGUCUUGGCCCGGGCCCAGACCAGUGUGUGAAAUGUCUUUACUUCAAAGAUGGGCCAAACUGCGUGGAAAAAUGCCCCGAUGGGUUGCAGGGUGCCAACAGUUUCAUCUUCAAAUACGCCAAGGCCAAUAACGAGUGUCAUCCGUGCCACGCCAACUGCACCCAGGGGUGCAUCGGGCCUAGACUCCAAGAUUGCGUUGGAAUGAUGGACAGGACACCACUAAUAGCAGCUGGUAUCAUUGGUGGGCUAUUCAUCAUCGUCAUUCUGGCGCUUGGCGUUGCCGUUUAUGUGCGACGUAAAAGCAUCAAGAAGAAGAGGGCUUUGAGGCGCUUCUUAGAAACGGAGCUGGUGGAGCCCCUGACUCCCAGUGGAACAGCUCCCAACCAGGCUCAGCUACGCAUCCUGAAAGAGACAGAGCUGAAGAGGGUCAAGAUUCUCGGUUCUGGAGCUUUUGGAACUGUUUAUAAGGGCAUCUGGAUCCCUGAAGGUGAGACGGUUAAGAUCCCUGUUGCCAUAAAAAUCCUCAACGAGACCACUGGUCCAAAAGCCAACGUGGAAUUCAUGGAUGAGGCCCUGAUCAUGGCCAGCAUGGAGCACCCCCACCUGGUCCGCCUGCUUGGUGUCUGUCUGAGUCCCACCAUCCAGCUGGUCACCCAGCUCAUGCCCCACGGCUGCCUCCUGGACUACGUGCAUGAGCACAAGGACAACAUCGGAUCGCAGCUGCUGCUCAACUGGUGUGUCCAAAUCGCAAAGGGGAUGAUGUACCUGGAGGAAAGGCGGUUAGUCCACAGAGACCUGGCAGCUCGAAACGUGCUGGUUAAGUCUCCCAAUCAUAUCAAGAUCACCGACUUUGGCUUGGCCCGGCUUCUGGACGCUGACGAGAAGGAGUACAACGCGGACGGGGGCAAGAUGCCCAUUAAAUGGAUGGCUUUGGAGUGCAUCCACUACAGGAAGUUCACCCAUCAGAGUGACGUGUGGAGCUACGGGGUGACCAUCUGGGAGCUGAUGACAUUCGGUGGCAAACCAUACGACGGUAUACCCACACGAGAAAUCCCAGACAUCCUGGAGAAGGGGGAGCGCCUGCCACAGCCUCCCAUAUCCACCAUCGAUGUCUACAUGGUCAUGGUGAAAUGCUGGAUGAUUGAUGCGGACAGCAGGCCGAAGUUCAAGGAACUAGCUGCAGAGUUUUGCAGAAUGGCUCGUGAUCCACAGCGAUAUCUGGUCAUCCAGGGAGACGAUCGCAUGAAGCUUCCCAGCCCCAAUGACAGCAAGUUCUUCCAGAGCCUGCUGGAUGAAGAGGACCUUGAUGACCUUAUGGAUGCCGAGGAGUACCUGGUGCCUCGAGGUUUUAAUGUGGCCCCUUCAUCGGGCACAGUGAGGCCUCGGAUUGACUCACACCGAAACCAGUUUGGCUAUCAGGAUGGAGGCCCAAAUGUGGUGGAAGGAGUCCUGGCCUGUGCCCAAGGCAGUGGGAACCAGGAAGCUUCGGGGAGCCAGGGUCCGGCUCUGGAAGACCAGCAUUGUAAUGGGAGCCUGCAUAAAAAGAGCCAGAGCCAAGCUAUGGGGGAUGACAGUGGGGCCCAGAGAUACAGCGCCGACCCCACAAUUUUUCUGGGGGAGAGAACGUCCAGAGGAGACACCGAUGAGGACGUCUACAUGAUGGCAAUGAAAGACAAGAGUUCCUCAGAGUACCUGAACCCUAUUGAGGAGAACCCCUUCGUAUCCAGACGUAAAAAUGGUGAGAUCCAUGCCUUGGACAACCCUGGGUACCACAGCACACCCAACAGUCAACCUAAAGGAGAGGACGAGUACAUCAAUGAGCCCCUCUACCUCAACACCUUCCACAGUUCUGCUGAGCUUGGCCUGGAAGCCCUGAGGAGAAAUGGUCUACCCUUACCCAACCUGGCUCCUACUUCCAUCUUAGCCUCAACGCCAGGCUCCCACCUCCCACUUACAAUUCAGACCAGCCUGCCCCACUACCCUCUGGCCUCAGCACAACCAUCUCCUGCUGGCCUGCCCUGCCUCCAUGCUCCAGCAGCUCACAUUCUCCAUGCCAACAACACUGUCAGACCUGCGGGGCAGCCUGGGAAUCCAGGUGGCUCUGUCACUCAGAGCCAAACAGGAACUUCUGCUCAAGCCCAGGUGAGUCAAGCAGGUUCCCUGUCCACUUCAGCCACCAUUGGGCAUGGUAGCCUGCCAGCAUACCAGAGCUACACCACCUCACAUCCAGGGAGCAUGAUGAAGCAUGGAGUGCAUACAUCAGGAAAGGGCAGUGGGAAGAAGCUCAAGGUAACCUUUGACAAUCCUGAAUACUGGCAGCACAGCUUGCCUCCAAAAUCAACCAUACAGGUGGCCCCUGAUGGGGCACAAGGAGGCACUGCCAACACCAAGCUCUUCUACAAGCAGAAUGGACACAUAAGGCCAGUGGUAGCUGAAAACUCUGAGUACAUGUCUGAAUUUGCUCUGAAGUCUGGCACCAUUCUGCCACCCCCACCCUACAGGCAGCGAAACACUGUGGUCUAGAUUGCCCCCCCAAUCUAGCUCUUGCCUCCUGCCAUCUAGACAUCCUUUCUGGUUCCAUCAUCAGUGGCGUCAAAUAAAAACCCGCCCCAACUCUUUCCAGAUAAUGAUCCAUCUGCUGUAGCAACAUCCAAAGGAGUUGGACAGGUACAACCAACUCGAACACCUUUCCUAUAUUCAGUCCAGUCCAUUUCUGUUUUGUAGAUAGAGACUAUCUUCCAACUCACUGAGAUGGUUAUGGUGACAAAGAUCAGACAUGGACGGUGACUCUGUGAUGUUGUACCAAGGCAGACGCACAACUCUCAGACAUAAAAGAACAAGCUUUGGGGACAUGAACUCACUGCCAGCCACUUCGGUGACACUUUUGUGAGAGAAACAAAAAGUUUUCUGUUAUUUUCCAGCAAAAACAGCCAGUGGGUGAGCAAUAGAUUCUUAAGAAAACAGGCACCAAUUUGUCAGGUUUUGCAUACGACCUUAAAAGGAGGUGAAAAAAAGCAAAAUGUGGGCAAAUGAUGCAGAGUUUGUUUAGUUUGUGGAAGAGCAACAUAAAAAGACUUGAUCAGUCAUAUUCAGUGUUUUUGCCUUUGGAAAUAUACCGAGUGUUUAUGAAGUUUUCAUCAAAUUUGUGAAACCCAUCGAUUCCUACUGUUACUGUGAUACUGUGAUGGCCAGAACUACAGUGAUCCCUUUUAUUUGUAGUUCUACAGACUGUAUAUCAUCGCCUGACAAUAUUCAGGGCAACCACUGUUUUUUGUUUUUUUUGUUUGAUUUUGCUGGCCUGCUGUAAACUUAGAGAUAAUAAUCAAAAUGAGGUUCAAGGGGAAAAAAUACACUGUUAUUACUUUUCUAUACACUGGUUUCAUUGCUGAAAAUUUAGAUUUUCUACACUGGUUUUUCAUUCACACCACUAAGCUGACUUUGAUGAGUAAAUGUCAUGGAAAUUGCUGCAUCGUAAUUGAGUGUGAAGAUCAUCCAAAGAGUGUCAGAACUCAAAAUGGUGAUCACAGGGAGAGAAAGUGCUAAAAAACAAACAUCUACUGGGAACCAACUAAUGAAGACCUCAAUGAAUGAAGAAGGCAGCACCAGCAGAGCACAGCACAG